CUUUUUUUUUAUUUUAUUUUUUUUUUUUUAUGACCGAACAUAAUUUAAUUUUACCAACUCAUUCUCCAUAUCCAGGUGAUCCUUUACUUACAAGAUAUCAAUCAAGUCAACUCGAUCUUGAUGUAUUCGGUACUUCAGUCACUAGAAACUCUAUAUCUAUACAAAUGAACUUUGUAGGAAAAGUGAUUCUUAUUGUUCUUGGACAACUCUUAUUUACUUUUAUCCUUACUAUCUGUCUACAAUAUAUUCAACUUACUUGGCACUGGUUACAAAUAAGGUUUGAAAAAAAAAAAGGGACAUAACUACACCAGGUACCUGUUUGGUUUCAUCUUGAUUAAAAAAAAAAUGAUUGAUACCUUUUGUGGAAAUUCUUUCUUAGUAUUCUGACUUGGUGGAUUCCUAUGAUACCUUGUGUUUUAGGUGCUAUAUUGAUUAUUUGGCAAUUAUGGGCUUUUUAUUUUCAAUUGAUUACUCAAGCUAGAAUCAUUUUAUUAGUCCUUUUCUCUGCUUUGAUGUCAUUUAUUAUUGGUGAAAUUGUUGUGACAUUCUGUUAUGAUGAUGGAUUAUUGAUUAUGAAUAUGGUUGGAUUUGGUAUAUUGGCUUUUUAUUGUUAUACUCUUCAACAUAAAUUUGAAUUUUCUGGUCCAAGUCCCUGGUUUUUUAGUAUGGCAGCAAUCUGUCUUAGUUCAACAUGGUUACGAAUGAUAUUUAAAGUCGAUCCAUUAGAAAUUCUGUUACCAAUAGGAUUAUCAGGCAUGAUAUGUACUUAUGUACUAUUGGAUUUAUAUUAUAUUAUGGGUAAUUAUUCUGCUGACGACGUGAUCCUUGCCAAUGCUUGUUUGUAUAUUGAUGUGAUGUAUCCAAUGCGGUGUUUACAUAAUCUGUGUGAACUUUCUGAUAAUCUCAACUUACUUGAUGUCCUUUAUCCUGGUCCACCAAACUGAUACUCUCCCUUUCCUAUAACUUAGAUUAGUAUCUUAAAAAGUUGUUAUUUGUCAUAUCAUUUUAUACCCAUGUUCAUACAUCAUCUUUUAUUAUUUAUCAUCAUGUACUUCUAGUUCAAACUACUUUUUCGUAGUAAACAACAAUCCCUUCCAUGGCAUCAAAUAAAAAAAAAAAGAAAACUUUUCCAUCUUCUUCA